GCUUAUCCGCUGGUGCCGCCGCUCUUGCAGCUGGCGCUGAGUCUGGGCCCGUUGCUAUCGUUAUCGCUGCCGCCGCCGCCGCCGCCAUGGCUCAGUACAAGGGCGCAGCUAGCGAGGCGGGCCGCGCCAUGCACCUUAUGAAGAAGCGAGAGAAGCAGCGCGAGCAAAUGGAGCAGAUGAAGCAGCGGAUCGCCGAGGAAAACAUAAUGAAGUCCAACAUUGACAAGAAGUUCUCGGCGCAUUAUGAUGCCGUGGAGGCGGAGCUCAAGUCCAGCACCGUGGGUCUGGUGACCCUGAACGACAUGAAGGCCAAGCAGGAGGCGCUGGUGAAGGAGCGGGAAAAGCAGCUGGCCAAGAAGGAGCAGUCCAAGGAGCUUCAGCUGAAGCUGGAGAAGCUGCGUGAGAAGGAGCGCAAGAAGGAGGCGAAGCGGAAGAUCUCAAGCCUGUCGUUCACUCUCGAGGAGGAGGAGGGCGCUGAGGAGGAAGAGGACAUGGCUGUGUAUGAGGAGGAGCUGGAGAGGGAAGAGGUUACCACAAAGAAGAGGAAGUUGGGGAAGAACCCAGAUGUGGACACAAGCUUCUUGCCUGACCGAGACCGUGAGGAGGAGGAGAACCGGCUCCGGGAAGAGCUACGACAGGAGUGGGAAGCCAAACAGGAGAAGAUCAAGAGCGAGGAGAUCGAAAUCACCUUCAGUUACUGGGACGGCUCUGGGCACCGGCGGACGGUCAAGAUGAAGAAGGGCAACACCAUGCAGCAGUUCCUGCAGAAGGCGCUGGAGAUUCUGCGCAAAGACUUCAGCGAGCUCAGGUCAGCGGGAGUGGAACAGCUCAUGUACAUAAAGGAGGACUUGAUCAUACCUCACCACCACAGCUUCUACGACUUCAUCGUCACCAAGGCCAGAGGGAAGAGCGGGCCGCUCUUCAACUUUGACGUUCAUGACGACGUGCGGCUGUUGAGUGAUGCCACCGUGGAGAAGGACGAGUCUCACGCUGGCAAGGUGGUGCUGAGGAGCUGGUAUGAGAAGAACAAGCACAUUUUCCCAGCCAGUCGCUGGGAGCCCUACGACCCUGAGAAGAAGUGGGACAAGUACACGUCCUUGCUGUGCUUGAGCCCGGUGUUGCGGCCCCCACGUCAGCCUGUGUCCAGCGGCUUCCCCUUUUCCCCGACCCUCGGCUGUGCCCAGUGCGCGCUGCGUCGCAAGAGCACUCGGAAGCACCAGCUCUUCUCCUGCUCACUGGCCAGCUUGCACGAGCGCAAGGCAACUGGACGCAGCGUGGCCCGAGUCGCACCAGCACCUUCAAGAUGCCGCCUGUGCUCUUCGACGCCUGAGAGAGAUCUUGGGCAGAUGGGCGCAGUGCAACGCGACGUCUGA